AUGCAAGCAAUGGGAGUUCGCAAAGGCUCAGCCAUCUACGUCGCCACGUUAGAGGGACAACUUUUUGGUGGUAAUUAUAGCCUUCAUUCUCUGCGAUCCAAGUUUCCAAAGGCUCUGACCAAACGGGACAUUCUGACACAUGAAGAACUUGGUCCGUUGGAGGGGAGGGCAUCUGCACUAGCAGCUAUUGAUUACAUAGUCUCCAGUGAAAGUGGCAUCUUCAUUUCAACCGCGACGGGAAAUUUUCCAAAUUUUGUUAUUGGGCACAGGCUUUACUAUGGCCGGAGGAGUGCACAACCCGACUUGAAGAAACUGGCAUCCUUAUACGCAUGCCACCACAUGUCCAAGGAGCGUGAUCUGCUUGAGCUCGUCAGAGUUGUCCAUGAGGACCGCUUUAUUUACCACGGGAGGUCAGCAACAAGCAACUUCUUUGCAAACCCAGAAGAGUGCCUAUGUCCAUCCUGA